AUGGCGUUUUCUGUGCAUUUUGUUGGAUGUGUACCUGUGCAAGCAAGACUCUUUUCACAUCACGUAAAAUUCAAUGUCAUGCAGGAAUACCAAGCACCGUGUUUCCCUGCUUAUUGUCCUGACAAACAAGUGGCUGUCACUUGGGUGGCAGUGAAAGUAAUUGACAAGAAAAGAGCCAAAAAGGACACCUAUGUCACCAAGAAUCUGCGACGGGAAGGGCAGAUCCAGCAAAUGAUCCGCCACCCGAAUAUUGCUCAGCUGCUGGAUAUACUGGAAACUGAAAACAGCUACUACCUUGUCAUGGAGCUGUGCCCUGGUGGCAACUUGAUGCACAAGAUCUACGAGAAAAAAAGACUUGAGGAGCAUGAAGCCCGCAAAUAUAUCCGGCAGCUUAUGCUGGCAGUUGAACAUCUUCACCGGGCAGGAGUAGUUCACAGAGACUUGAAGAUAGAAAAUCUGUUGCUAGAUGAAGACAACAAUAUCAAGCUUAUUGACUUUGGAUUGAGCAACUGUGCAGGCAUCUUGGGUUAUUCUGAUCCAUUCAGCACCCAGUGUGGGAGCCCAGCAUAUGCAGCCCCUGAACUUCUGGCAAGGAAAAAAUACGGGCCCAAAAUAGAUGUUUGGUCCAUUGGGGUGAACAUGUACGCAAUGUUGACUGGAACAUUACCUUUUACUGUGGAGCCAUUCAGUUUGAGAGCUUUAUACCAGAAAAUGGUGGACAAAGAAAUGAACCCUUUUCCCACCCAGCUCUCUACAGCGGCCAUAAACUUUCUACGAUCUCUGCUAGAGCCAGAUCCUGCUAAGAGACCAAACAUCCAGCAGGCGCUCGCAAAUCGAUGGCUUAAUGAGAAUUACCCUGGGAGAGCACCACCUAAUGUCACAUAUCCAAACAGGAUUCACCUUGAGGACCUCAGCCAGAGCGUGCUGCUCCAUAUGACCGAGAAGCUGGGCUACAAGAACAGCGAUGUCAUCAACACCGUGCUCUCAAACAGGGCAAGUCACACACUUGCCAUCUACUUUUUACUUAACAAGAAGCUGGAACGCUACUUGGCAAGCCUUAGGAAGUCUGAAGGCCAGGACAGUAUUUGCCACAAGAACCAACUAUACCAGAUAGAAAAAUACAAGGCAAAUAAAGACUCCUAUGAGAUACAGAACACCAAGGCUCUGCUGAAGGACCGGAAAGUCACCAAGACUGGAGGUCCAGAAAAAGAAUCCAGUGGUGGGGUAAGCCCUUUCCACGAACCCCUGGCCACCAAGACGGGCUGCGUCACUUCCAGCUCCCUGGAGUACCUCGAAGUCCAGCAGCCACCCCCCAGAACCCCUCGGCUCCUCAAGAGGCAGGAUUCCCCACAGCAGGAGCCAGCCCGGGUUGGGGGCCGGGCAAAGGACUCUCCUCUCAUCCUGAAUAUUGUGCACUCCUUUGAGUCGGUUGACAGAGAGGACCAAAUAGAUCAGGUUUCCCCCUCUCAUCAAUACAGGAUUUUAGGUUCGCCAAUGAAUUUCCCUUAUAAAAGCUCAAGUGAAAGGACACUAUCCCCGCUUUUUCAGCCAGGGAGUACAUCCCCUGUCCACCCCACCCAAGUCUCUUUCACGUAUGAAGAAAAAGCAUAUCUGGCAAAGGAAGAAGCGGUGUCCCCUACUCAGCUGGUUUCCAACAACCCCUUGGGCAGCCCUAACUGUGUUAAAAGCAGAGGCAGAUUCCCCAUGAUGGGGAUCGGACAGAUGCUGCGGAAGAGGAACCAGACGAUGCAGUCAGUGAGCGACAAGCCACUGGAAGCAAGGAUGCCUCAGCUGCAGCAGAUGAGCCCCACGCAGAUUUCCUUCAAUGCAGCAGAUGCUGUCAGUGGCCAGUGUUAG